AUGGCCGACGCUGGUUCGGAGGAAGAUCGCAUGACCUGUCACGCCUGUGGCCAAGUCUGGCUUCGGCGCACCUCGCAUGGUCAAGAAUGUCCGUACUGCGGCUCCGACUUCACAGAGAUCAUUGAAAUACCUCCUGAUACAGAUCCCGAACCUGAAUCCUCACACCCCGACCCUCCCGAAACGUUCCCAGGCUACCAUCGAUCGCCUCCCCCGCCGCCGGUCAAUCCUUGGGCGGAUCACAACCCAUGGGCGCAUAUUGACGACGAUGAUAUGACCGGAUGGGACUCAGGACCUAGAGUCACCCAUCGAUCUUUCCGGUCCCCCAACGGCUCGUACAUAUUCCAUGGCUCAAUUCGAACUGGCAUGCAACCCCGCCCCCGCAGAGUGCCAGGCGUGCAGCGGGACCGAGAUUUUGAUCCGAUAAUGCGGGACAUGGAACAGUUUUUUCAGAGCAUGCAUGAGGCCGACCGGGACCGUGCUUCCCGCGCCCAAGGUCCUGGAUCGGCUCCUGGGGAACAAACUGCUUUUGACUCUGCAAAUCGGCCAAUGCCCUAUCCCCGGGGUGGUCUGUUCCCUCGUAAUGCGGACGGACCCCAGCCAAUGGGCUCGCCUUUGGGGAGCCUUAGCAAUCUAAUUGAUCUCCUGCAAAAUAUGAACCCUCAGCAACAACAACAACCGGGAGCGCCAAACAUUCGCAUCAUGCCCGGAGGCGCACCGCUAGCACUCAUUUCAGCUUUACUGAACAUCUCACGCAACGGUGACGCAGUUUAUUCACAAGAAGAAUUAGACCGGGUCAUAUCCCAGCUCGUAGAGCAGAACAACCACAGCGCAGUCCCGCCAGCCGCACAAGACGCUAUUCAAGCGCUCCCCAAGAAAGCCGCAGAUGCAGAGCUCCUCGGCAGCGAGGGCAACGCUGAAUGCUCAAUCUGCAUGGACUCGGUCAAGAUCGGGGACGAGGUCACCGUGCUCCCGUGUACACACUGGUUCCACCCGCAGUGCAUUGAGAUGUGGCUCAACCAGCACAACACCUGCCCGCACUGCCGACGCGGAAUCGACCCGAGCACGACUCCCGAUGCGAAUGCGACAAACACGGCGCCAUCCGCGGGGACGUCGGGCUCUGCGUCUGGACGGACUAGGCGCUCGAAUUCGAUAUCCGGCUCCAGCGCUCAUCAGUCACAUACCUCGGAUGAAAGUCGGAGGUCGUCACGGAGCAGUCGUGGCGAGGGGUCUGGGGGGUGGGCCGGAUGGGUACGCAGUCGAUUAGGCGGGGGAGGAGGUGGUUAG